AUGUAUUAUGUGGCUUCUAAGGUGGGCCAUCUUCGCACCAAGGGAUCACCAUCGAUCGUUCAAAGGGUGACCAGUUUAUCGCCUCAACACUUCAGAACUUGCAAGCGCACAAAAACGCCUGAGCCCGAAGGGCGACCAAGAAACAUCUAUAAAGACAACGCCAACACCAACUUCCGCUGCGACCAACCAGGGGAGACUGUGUACAACUCGUCUGAAGACUGGAGGGCCUUUCGGACCUGUCUGACGAACGCGGUCCGAAAGGACGCAAUGGAGUUGACAUUCAAGGUCCUUCAAGGACCAGAUAUCAUCAAAACGGAGCGGGGCUACUGUCCAAGUGGAUGGGACUGUGCGAAUGCGAUAACGACCGACAUCUCACACUCGACCAAUGGAAGCCAUUCCCAAGUCCAUCAACCUCAAUCUCAACUACGAAGAUUUCCUCCAACACAUCCGCACAUGGAGACGUGCUACAUACAUCUGAAUCUCAAAGAAAAGCAAAUCAACUACGUCACAGCCUCCCUGGCCCAGAUCGCACGAGCCGGUCCAAGAUCAGGCCAGAGUCUGAAACAUAUAAAGAGGAAACACCAACGCGAGAUUUGGCGCCCAAUGGACGGGUGCACGGAGACGUUCAGAUAUCGUCACGAAACUCGAUUAUAUAUAGAAGACGACAACCCAGGAAAGCGGUUACCAUACAGAAUACCCGACUGA